AGAUGAGGGUCCCUGGAAAACCAAGCUCCUGUCUGCCACGCUCGGGGCCUGAUAGCGGGCCUGUGAGGAGUAGACGGAGGCGCGGGAGGAUGAAUGUGGAAGGAGGUGGACAGAGGCAGUGAGGGGACAGCACGAGCCGAAGUCCAUCACCGUCAUAGCUCUGCUCCCCAACCGGCAUAGUAUUCGUCCGUGGAUGGGCCGGGAAAGGUUGGAGUAGGCCACCCGGGUAUUGUACAUACACGCCGUUUCUUUACAAGUGGCCGGGAAAGUUCUAGCCUCCACCCACUUGACGGACAGCAGCAGUUAUAAAUACCAUUAUAGCCGCUCUACCCUCUUGCCUGGCUUGUUCGAUCUCUUUCCGUCUCACACACUCCUCUACAUCCCACCAACAGACAAAAUGGUUCCUGCUAUCAAGCUCAACUCCGGCUUCGACAUGCCCCAGGUGGGCUUCGGCCUCUGGAAGGUCGACGGCUCCAUCGCUUCCGAUGUCGUCUACAACGCUAUCAAGGCAGGCUACCGCCUCUUCGAUGGUGCCUGUGACUACGGCAACGAGGUUGAGUGCGGCCAGGGUGUAGCCCGCGCCAUCAAGGAGGGCAUCGUCAAGCGCGAGGAGCUCUUCAUCGUCUCCAAGCUCUGGAACACCUUCCACGACGGCGACCGCGUCGAGCCCAUCGUCCGCAAGCAGCUUGCCGACUGGGGUCUCGAGUACUUCGAUCUCUACCUGAUCCACUUCCCCGUCGCCCUCGAGUACGUCGACCCCUCGGUCCGCUACCCUCCCGGCUGGCACUUUGAUGGCAAGAGCGAGAUUCGCCCCUCCAAGGCCACCAUCCAAGAGACCUGGACGGCCAUGGAGUCGCUCGUCGAGAAGGGUCUCUCCAAGAGCAUUGGCGUGUCCAACUUCCAGGCCCAGCUCUUGUAUGACCUCCUCCGCUACGCCAAGGUCCGCCCCGCCACUCUCCAGAUCGAGCACCACCCCUACCUCGUCCAGCAGAACCUCCUCAACCUUGCCAAGGCUGAGGGCAUUGCCGUGACCGCCUACUCCUCCUUCGGCCCUGCUUCUUUCCGCGAAUUCAACAUGGAGCACGCCCAGAAGCUCCAGCCUCUCCUCGAGGACCCCACCAUCAAGGCAAUUGGUGAUAAGUACAACAAGGAUCCUGCCCAGGUCCUCCUCCGUUGGGCCACCCAGCGCGGCCUGGCCAUCAUCCCAAAGUCUAGCCGCGAGGCCACCAUGAAGUCCAACCUCAACUCUCUUGAUUUCGAUCUCUCCGAGGAGGACAUCAAGACCAUCUCUGGUUUCGACCGCGGCAUCCGCUUCAACCAGCCCACCAACUACUUCUCCGCUGAGAACCUCUGGAUUUUCGGUUAGGUCAACCUU